AUGGCUUUGAAUAUGCCUGAGCUCGAAGUGGAAGACCGCCCAGGCCUUGACACGAAUAUGAAAAUUGACAUCUAUCUUACGAAGAGCACCAGUUUCCCCGCAGUCCGCGCCUGCAUUUUCGACAUGGACGGUCUCCUCAUCAACUCCGAAGACAUAAUAGGUCUAUCUACGAACCAAUUGCUUGAAAAGUAUGGAAGACCUCCUCUGACUCGGUCAAUUCAAGCUCAGCUUAUGGGUGUCGCGGACUCGACAAAUGGCGAUAUAUUCCACAACUGGGCCAAGCUGCCUAUUUCCCGCGAGCAAUUCGCCCGCGAAUCAAGUGAGGGCAUGCGACUACGUUUUCCCGAUUGCAGGCCGCUGCCUGGCGCGGAGAAUAUUUUAUCGAACCUAAGCCGUGCACGGAGUGCUUCGUCUGGGGAUAUGAUUCAGCUGGCUCUAGCUUCCAGUACCAAGACCCGGAGUUAUGAGCUGAAAACCUCGGGGCCAGAAUCGAAAAGGUUACUGAGCUUUUUCCGCCCCGACAGAAGGGUCCUGGGUGAUGAUCCACGAGUGCGACAGGGUCGAGGGAAGCCAGCGCCCGACAUUUAUUUGCUCGCGUUGCAGUCGUUGAACUCAGGGGUAGACUCUGCGGAAAAAGCCAUCCUGCCCAGCGAAUGUUUGGUCUUCGAAGAUAGCAUCGCUGGAGUAGAGGCUGGAAGACGAGCUGGGAUGAGAGUUGUUUGGGUACCACAUCCAGAUGUGGCGGUCGAGUAUCAGCCGAUGCACAAAGAUAUCCUAGCAGGGAGGUCGGGGAGAUUCAAGGUCGGAGACGACUGGCAGCUAGGAGAAAUUGACGACGGCUGGGCUGAAAGUAUACCUAGUCUGGAACACUUUGAUUACGAGAAGUAUGGCCUCGAUGUGGUAUCUCAAAUAUCUUAA